CUCUUGGAUGUUCCGCCUUUGUCAAAGCCCGGCGCACUGGGAAAGAGCGCUUGGAACACCCGUGGAUGGACGGUCCAAGAAUUCCUUGCUCCCAAAGUCAUUCUCUUCUAUCAGAAUGAUUGGACUCCUUAUCUCGACGAUCGCACUCCCAAUCACAAGAAUUCCAUCGCGAUCAUGCAGGAGUUGGAGGAUGCGACGGGGAUAGACUGACGAGCAGUCGUGGCUUUCCGUCCCGGGAUGAGAAACGCCCGAGAGAAACUUCAGUGGGCGUCGACGCGUACUACCACGUUGCAAGAAGAUAUAGCAUACUCGUUAUUCGGGGUCUUUGGCGUCCGCCUGCAUGUUGAUUAUAGCGAGAAGAAGCAGAACGCGCUCGGGCGACUCCUGCAAGAAAUCAUAUCUCAGUCCGGUGAUAUUACUGCGCUGGACUGGGUUGGAAAGUCAUCAGAGUUCAAUAGCUGUCUACCAGCCAACAUCACUUCAUACGAAGCUCCACCAUGCACGCUGCCAUCUCCAUCCGAAGAUGAGAUUCAGGCAUCGGUCUCCUCGCUGCGCAGUGUUGUGGAUCUACAGUCGGCUUCGCAAUUAUAUCAGACACUUGACUACCAGAGCGCUCCCCGUUUUGCGCAUCGCCGGUUGCAUCUGCCUUGCAUUGUAUUCCCGGUCACAGAAGCCAGGCGGAGGUCUGGUUAUGACCAGAAUACAUAUACUUAUGAAAUCAAGUCAGAAGGGCUUCGCAACCUGCAUAUCACCACAGAAGACAGGUUCACGCCUUUCUCGCCGGCAAGGCCGCCGCCCGUCUGGCAGACGGUAUUGCUCGUUCGUCCAUGGAGUCGUCAUCUCCUCGGGCUGCAUGACAAUGCAGACGAUACGCAGAGCGUGGACAAUUGGUCCGUGUCCGAAUUUUCGUUGCACGAUUCAUCCGCUGCACAAACUGGGCCUAUUCAUUCGGAUUCUGACUCGCGAGCAUUGCGAUUGAUCGUCAAUCUUGGACAGCUGUUUAGUGCAUUUUUGCUAGCGCGGCAGCGCGACGGAGAAUUCAAGAGGAUCGCAUCCGAACAUGAUAUCAUUGCACAAGUUAAAGACAUAGCUUCUAUUAGCUACUUGACGGACAUCAGGACACUAGAGGUACUUUAG